UUUCCUACAGCAGACAACAUCGCGCGUCCACCGACUACCUGCACAACACUACAACAACAAAUCUUUUCCUGCAGCGCUCAUCACGAGACCAGCCCCACUGUUCAGCACUCCAUUCGAACAGUGCCACGCACACGUACCCAUACGGACACGGACACGACCGACAAGCACACCGCCGCAAAGGCGUACGCGACAAGAUGGCGCAACGCGAAAAGGGCGGUCGCGUGGUCUUCAUCGGCAACAUUCCAUAUGGCGUGAGCGAGGAGCAGAUUAUGGACAUCUUUGGCCGCGCAGGACAGGUCGUUAACUUCCGCUUGGUCUACGACAAGGAGACCGGCCAGCCCAAGGGCUUUGGCUUUUUGGAGUAUACAGACACCGAUGCGGCCGCCUCGGCCGUGCGCAACCUGAACGAGUCUGAUCUGAAUGGGCGAACAUUGCGGGUGGACUAUAGCAAUGACAAUCGGAGCGCAGGUGGUUCGGGCAACCAGACCCAGCCGCCAGAAAGUAAUCGAGCGCCUCCACCUGCGCAUUUCAACAUGAAUGGACAAGCACCACCGCGACCAGACCCUUCUGCGCUACCUCCACUUCCCCCUGGGACGGAGCUCCCACCUGGCGUGACCGCAUUCGACGCCAUCAGCAGAACUAUUAAUCAGAUACCCACACCCCAGCUGAUCGACUUCAUCAGCCAAGUCAAAGGCCUCUGCUCUUCCAACCCAGGUCAAGCCACUGCCCUGUUGACUCAAGCUCCUCAACUGGCCUACGCGAUAUUUCAGGCGAUGCUGCUGCUAGAUUUGGUCGACGGCACCGUCGUCAAUCAACUCGUGGCCACGGCCCCCCCAGCCGUUCAACCAGCCCCACCGCCGCAAACUCAGCUUCCGCCCGCAAUUCCACCUCAAGCAAUGCCACCACAAGGAUACCAACCACAAGCGCAACCAACCCCCGGAUAUCCACCGCAAGCUCAGCCGCCGAUGCCGCCACCGCCGCAUGGCUACCCUCCUGGCUAUGGACCCCAGCCCGGAUAUGCGCCAACUCCGCCGCAGUCGUCUUUCUAUCAGCCUCCACCACAGCAAGUGCCGCCCCCUCAAGCUGCCCCACCGCCUGCUCAGACUCCAAUGCCGGAGGCGCUGAUCGCCCAACUCAUGGCCAUGACGCGAGAACAGAUCCUGAUGAUAGCAGAACCAUCACGGUCACAGAUUAUCAAUUUACGGGCACACUAUGGCAAUCCAAUAUGAGCGAGUCGACUGUGAUAAGCGUUGUCGGAGACCAAACGAAUGCGGUGUCUCUCUACCAAAAAUUGCAACCAAUCGGGUUGCGACUCAGAUGAAGUUGGGCGUACCGUCGACUGCUGGUAAACUCCAUCAUAUGCACUGCAUCUGGUCACUGCCGCAGUAUGGCAGUAUGCCAGUAUGUGCGGGGAUUGUCUUUACCUCACGGUCAAGGUGAGAGUGCUGGCAAGUGCCUGGUAAUGAUGUUUUGUGACACAAGAUGCAGCUCUGCAUGGAGUGCUUCAGCCUUCAUUCAUGCGCUCGAAACUACGUGGUCUCUAGCGCACAGUGCGAGCCCUAGCAUAUAUAAGGUAGACUUGGGCCAGAUACGGAGCAAGAUGGAGAACCGAAGAUCGGCCGAGAGAUCAGAUGAAGCAAGGGAGGAGCCUAGCAGAGACUGUCAAACAUGACAACGGCCCGCAGUUCCUCCAUCAUUCGACCUCACAUAUGUAGGUCCUGUAGAAAUUUGUAUACCAC